CAGAAAUGGGCAAGUAACUACCAAUAAGAUCCAGCUCCUGUACUUGACUCAUUGGCAGGGCAAAGUAAAAACUUGAGGGAGGAUUCAGUGUAUACCAAGAGGGCAAGAGGCUGGUAUCUGCCUGCAUUAUUGCUUCAUGAUUAAAAACCCAAAGCUUCCUUCGACAACGACCCUUAUUAUGAGUUCUCUCUUCCUCCUGUCACAGUUCAUCUGACCCAACAGUCUGGUAAUAUCUAGAUUUCAACACCUGCAGACAAAAAGCAGAAUAGCAUCAACACAGAGAGCAAACAAAACCUCGAGAUUUCCCAUCUCAACAUCACCACGGGGGGGCUCUCUUUGUCUGGUUCCAAUAAUUUGAUUCGAGUCAACACUGCCAAUACCCCGACUCACGUGAACAACAGUACUCAGUUACCCAUCUCCAGUACUUUUGCUUAUUAUAGCUCCCUCUCGCUCUCUGUCUAACCCAGCUUUGGCUUCUGUAGUUGACAACAAAUCUUUCCAUGGAGAUCAAGAGCUCAACUCGCCCUCCAGUUUCCAACUCAUAUGGAUCAGCUGCUGCGAGUUUUGAAGACCUCCUCAUGCAGCAGAAACUACUCUUCUCUGCCAAUCUCCAGGAGUUGAAGAGUCUAAGGAAACAGUUGUACACGGCAGCUGCACAGUUCGAACAGUCAUACAGUAAUGAAGUCCAGAAAGAGAUACUGACGGAUACCUGCAAAGACUACACCAUAAAAGCCCUGAUCAAUACGAUCGACCACUUGGGUUCCGUGGCAUACAAGGUGAACAGUUUCCUCGACCAGACAGCGAAUGAAGUUGCUGCAGUGGAGCUCCGGUUCUAUUCCCUGGAGCAGAGAGCAAAGACAUGGCAACAUUACAUAAACCGAGGCGGGAUAUAUCAGCAUUCUCUGGCUUUCAAAGCUCCCAAGCACCACAAACAGUACAUAAUUCCAGAGGACGCGAAGGAGGCUGCAGAAUGGGAAGGAGAGAGCGUGACCACGGAGGAAAAUGAAGCUCAUUGUAGUAGAAGUAGCUCCAGUCUUGAAUUGAACUUCCAUCGUCUCACCAAUGCUGUUCGAAAGAAAAUCAAUGGCAACAGCCCUUCCACCUUUCUGAGAGAAGGGAAUUCUCAGUUCAAGUACUCAGAGGGAUCUGCACGACAACCAAAGUUAGCAUUUUUGUGGAGUUCGACUAGUACCAUUGAUAGUAAUAAAAAGAGAGCAGACUCUCCACAGCAGCACCCGCUUCUCCGAUCUAGAUCUCUAUAUCUCAAGAGAUCAAUUUCUCCGAACUAUGCCAAUGGGAAGCAAAGGAAUCCAUCAGCUCCUCGGAGAUUGGUUUCAUGGCCAGAACAAAGAGGAAUAGAUGGCGGGAAGAAUGAGAAUGAGCAGCAGUCCAGCAAAAGCAAACGCCUGUUCAGGGCCAUGGUGAGCUUGCGGGGAACCAGGAAAGAUAAUGAUUCCAUCCACAAGCAAUUGGACGAGAUCUGAAAACAACAAGUUCGAAGGAAGACUUUGGAAAUUGGAAGACACAAUUAAUAUGGUUUUAUCUAUCUUUUCUAAUGCUUCAGCUUCUAGUCUCAAUUUUAGCCAUUAUGGGUGUGGCCGUGCCUUCAAAUUUCUGCCACAAGUAUGUAAAUGGACUUUACAACUUAAAUUUUAAGAAGAAAGAGACCCAAAGUUUAAUUCUCAAAACCCAAGAUCAAAACUAGGCAACUCCUCAAUGCUUCUCUUACGCUGCACAGAACUACUGUUCCGCCAUCACUCCUUGGGCCAUUGCUGGUAAAGGCUGUUGCAGAACUUGUAGUGUAUGAACCCAAACCUGCACCCCUAAAUUUGGUGCUUGUUUCGAGAUUGUCUAGACUAUGCUGUUAACAUCAGUUGGGGAUAAAAAUUUCUAUUUCAAUCUAAGCUGAAGAGACAGCAACUAAAAACCGUUCAGGCGCUAAGUUCCAAACCUCAGCUUCAGUGCCAACAGGGAUCCAACUAAAUCUACUGGUAUUUUCUGCAACCCGAAGCAUGAAGCUUUAGAUAUCAUCUCAAACUAAGGCAUCUUUUAAGGCAAGUGAAUGUACUAAAGGUACAAGGACUGU